AUGGCAUUCAGGAUUUAUCCGGUGCUCCUUUUGUUCCUGCGCCUCAGCCAGGCCAUCAAGGUGGAGGAUGGAGCUCCUUCCAGCAGCACCGUGACUCCCACAGUGUAUAGGGUUUCCAAGCCGGAGCCCAAGCAGCCCCAGAAUCGAGUUCCAGCGCAUCUGCAGGACAUUCGUCCUGGCUAUGUGGACGAUGAUGCGGGUGAUGUAAUAAGGAUCAUUGAGCCGCCGCAGCACUUUCAACAGCUGAAGAGACUGCGUCACCGACAGCCAGGUGGCCCACCAGUGAUUUGGGAGCAGCCUCGCAAGCUGGUGACCAACCGGGCCAAGGUAGUGUCCCCCGGCGAUCUGCUGACCCAGGAGACUCAGCUGCAGAACCACUUGAGCUCCCCCAAUCAGCUGCAAAUACCCGUGGAAAUUCUGGCCUCUGUGAGGAAAACCGAGCGCUUGCUGCAGCGUCAGAGGCAGAAGGGACCGCUAGUGCGACAACGUCACGUCCAAAGGCAGAGUCACACUUUGAUUUCCCAGAAAAGCCUCGAGCAGCAGCUCUACCAUCGUGGCCAGCAGCACAAGCUCCGGGCGAUGCUGAGUCGGAGUCAGGAGCACAAGAGGAACAAGAGAGUCAAGAGGGAGUUGGCAAAGAAGGAAACCCCCGAGGGAGAAGGCAACAAGAGGCAGGGAAAAGCAGCAUACGAUGUGGCACAGGGUCUCAAGCUGGUGGCUCACAUAGGAGACCUCCUGAAGAACGCCACCCUGUACUUGCCCGAGGAGGGUGCCACCAACGAGGUCACCCCCUUCCCGAAAAGGUCACCAUUGCAGCAGUCAUGCAGCAACGCCACCAACUGCGACAGCCGGCGACGUCGCCAGAGAUUAUUUAAGCACCAGGCCAAGUCAGCGGAGCGGGAAAAAUUUAAGGAGAGGCGGCGCCACUUCCGCAAUGAGGCAACAACUACGACCACCGAGACAACGACAACCACGACCACUGGCAAAUCACCACCGGUAACAGCUUCGAGUGCUUCCGCAACUCCGCUCGCCAGUCGCCUGCUCAAUUCACGCAAAUCCAAGUCCAAAUCGCCAAAUAACCACCUUGCUCGCAGCGAUGAUUCCAUACUCUACGCGGAUGUGAUGACUAAUAUACGCAAUUUGUGGCAGGAGCACGACCUCCUGGCGGCGCCCAGGUUCAUUGCCCCCGGCGAGGUGGCCAACAACACGGACUACCGUGCCCUGGAUGUGUACCUCAAGGAGCUGGAUCAUUUGUCCAAGAAGCUGCCCACGGUGGCGCCCAUAACUGGGCUCAAUCGGGAGGAACUUGAGCGGGCCACGCCCACGCCCAGUUGGUAUUUGAUCAACGAGGAGGGAAAGAUCUACGAGACCCGGCUGGACAGUCAAACGAAACCCUCAUCGACUCUGUUCCAUCGAUUCCCCGAUAUGCCAGAGAAAAAUACAAGUGUGUCCACGAUAGACUGGGAAUAG